GGACACACAAACUUGUUCUAGAUUUAAUAAAAUAUUUUGAGUUAGGAAAACAAACAAUGUGCUUUAUAAUUUCAAAUCUUUGUGGGGUCAGAAUCGACAACAUGCACUUCACAAAAUAACUAGUAUUCAGUCAAAUUUUGUAGGUUAUGUUAUGUUUACAAGAGGAACGCAGCUCGUUUUAUUAUUAUAAUAAUUUACAACUGCACCAGUUACUCGUAAUUAAAUCACAAUGGAAGAAGAAUAUGACGAGAGAAAUUGGGACACUGUUGAUCGAUUAGAUAAUGACUCAGAUGCGGGUGAAGAAAGUGAAAAUCCUGAGCAGGUUCUUAAGGAAUGUGCUGAGAAAUUUUCGACCUCAGACUACAUAAUGGAACCAGGAAUUUUCUCCCAGCUGAAAAGGUACUUUCAAUCAGGAGGAAAUCCGUUACAAGUAAUUGAAGAAUUGUCACAAAAUUACACUGCUGUAGCCCAGAUGGCAAAUUUGAUAGCAGAAUGGUUAAUCACAGGCGGAGUCAAUGUAACAACAGUUCAAGCAAUGGUGGAAAAUCACCUGAAAGAGAUGAUUUUGAAAACAUUUGAUCCUAAAAAAGCAGACACGAUUUUCACAGAAGAAGGUGAAACACCUGCUUGGCUGACACAGCUAAUUGAACAUCCCACUUGGCGUUCACUGAUUUAUAGAUUAGCGGAGGAGUAUCCCGACUGUUUAAUGCUAAAUUUUACAAUUAAGCUUAUUUCUGAUGCCGGUUUCCAAGCUGAAAUCACAAGUAUUUCAACUGCAGCUCAACAAUUGGAAGUCUUUUCCAGAGUUCUAAAAACUUCAAUUGCCAGUUUUUUAACCAAUCCAGAAGACUGGCAAAAUACCAGCAAGGAAUGUGCUAAAAUGGUGUGUCAUGGUCAGCACACAUACGUUUACAGCCAAGUAAUUAUCCAUGUGUUAGCUCGAGAAUCCAAAGGUGGUAGCAGCAUGAAAAGACUGUCUCAAGAAAUUACAAAAUGCGCCCAAAAAAAUGGUCAUGACGUAACUCCAAUCACAAUGGCGUUAAACGGCGCCUCUGCAUACCCUUUGGCCUGCCAGGCCUUAACAUCAAUGCUUUCAAAAAAUACACUUAAUCCAGCUGACAUUACAGUGCUUUAUAGAAAUUAUAAUGCACCAGACCCUCCACCCAUUGAUUUAAUCAGAACUCCUCAAUUUCUAGAAUUACUGGUUGAUGCUUUAUUUAAACCUGGAGUAAAACUCAAUCCUGAUCACAAACCCAAAUACAUCCAUUUACUAGCAUAUGCAGCAAGUGUUUAUGAAAUGCAAGCCAAAAAAGGCCAAAAGAGAGUAGUGAAUAAAGAUGAACUUCAAGCCACCAUUCAUUCAAUUGAAACGGUCCAUAAUAUUUGUAAUACCAAUAAAGGGAGUUCAGAACUCAUGGCGGAACUUGCAACGCUGUAUCAGUGUCUUAGGUAUCCAGUCGUAUCUGUGGGAAUUAUCCGAUGGGUUGAAUGCACUGUAACCGAAGCCAGUUACUUUAAAUUGUCAACAGAACAUACUCCAAUCCAUUUAGCGCUCUUAGAUGAAGUAGUUACUUGCCAUCCCCUUCUUCAUAAUCAAGUACUCGACUUACUCAUUAGGUUGUUUGAAUCCAAGCAAGACGAACUGGAGAUUUUAGUCCAACUUGAAAUGCGGAAAAUGGUCCUUGACAGAAUGGUUAAUUUGCUUUGUGCUGGAUGUGUGGUACCCGUUGUGAAAUAUAUAAAACAGUGUUGGCAAAAAGGCGACACGGAUAUAUCCCUAAUUCGUUACUUUGUAACGGAAGUUUUGGAGACCAUAGGGCCCCCAUAUAGUUCCGAAUUUGUCCACUUGUUUAUGCCAAUGGUCGAAAAUGAUGAAAUAACGGGAACAAUGAGAGGAGAUGGAGAAAAUGAUCCAGUAUCUGAAUUUAUUGUCUACUGCAAAGCAAAUUACACUGCUGUUGUGUAACAGCAACUUAAUUAUAAGAAUAUCUAUUGUAAAAAAUAAAAAAAAUCCUAGUAAA